GUGUCUAUGAGAGAUUUGUUUGUCAACGAAUGAAUCGGAAAUUCCAUAGUGACCCGGAACACUCAAAGUAUAGUGACGGUAAUAUUUACUCUUGUCAAGCAGCGUUACAGCAAGUCGAUAACAGGAAAGUGGUUUGACAUAUUUUUAUUUCACUUAAAGGACAAGAAAACUCGUUUCUCGUUUUAUCGCUGCAGAUUCGCUAAUACGCAAUUCUCUGAGUUCUACAGCCGGUAUUAGCUUAGCCAGCUAGCAAGCUGGGCUAACAAGGUGAUGUAGCGACAGCUGUGGUGCGCUCAGGAAAUAUGAUGGAAGUUGGUCUAGGCGUGUUUCAUUAUGAAAGUUUCAUUUUUGGACUAAUAUGAAGCCUGACGAUAGCUGCCGCGGAGCAGUAACCGCUUUCUGAAGGUGCAGUGAGCACAGCGCUGAGGUCGGGUUUCUUGGAUAGUUAUGAGCAGCAUCAACAUUACAACCAAAAGCCCUCCAUUAAGCUCUUUUUAUACUAAAAGGUCAGCGCUGACACUACCGGCAACAAAGAGUGGGUUUUGAGAAGCGAUGUGUUUUCGUGCUGUCACGAGAUGAGUCUCGCCGAUGAAACACUGCAGGCUGGGAUGUCCUCAGUCCAGUCGGGACUGGAAGGGCAGCUGCCGCUUUUACACGCCAGACAUCACAGCGCUCAAGGCGGUCUGGUGUUGGACCUGAACUCACAGGAAGACUACCUCAGCAGCAGCUCUCCUGAGUAUGACAGCUAUGGGAAUAACACCGGUCCUCUGUUCGAGAGGAGAAAGAGAUCUAGAUCCAACAGCUCCAGACAUAGAUUCAACGAGGUGGUCACGGAGCUCGGUCCGGAGGAAGUGCGGUGGUUUUACAAAGAGGACAAGAAAACUUGGAAGCCCUUUUUGGGCCAUGAUUCACUUAAUAUUGAGCUAAUGUUUCGGAAGUACUGCGAGCUAAACCCCGGUGCAGCAUGCCCCCAGGCCAGUGGAGGAGAGGAUGAGAGCGGGUCUAGAGAUCUGGAGAACAGAGGGAUGAACGGUGCGGUGCCAGCAGAAACGAGGACCAGCAGUGUGCACGGAGGCCGCGGGUCCUUGGACACAUCCACCGUGUCCUCUGAUGAGAGGGACGCUGAAAGCAUUGAACUCAAUGUAGAGUCAGUGUGUGUGCGAGGAGGACUCUAUCAGGUUGAUAUAAUACAGAGACAAUGCUAUCCUGUCUACUGGAAACAACAAGACCAUAUCCCAGUGAUGAGAGGCCAGUGGUUUAUCGAUGGUACUUGGCUGCCAUUAGAUGAAGACGAAAGCGACCUCAUCGAACGGGAGCACCUUAACCAUUUCCGUGGGCAACACGUGCAGGAUACCUUUGAGAUGGAUUUGGUUCCCAGGACCAUUGAUAGUAAAGAUGCCAUCCAUAGUCUAAAGCUGAGUCGAUCACAUGUGGAUUGGCACAGCGUGGACGAGAUCUACCUCUACAGCGAUGCCACAACUUCCAAAAUUGCAAGAACAGUCACCCAGAAACUGGGCUUCUCCAAAGCUUCAAGCAGCGGUACGCGGCUCCAUCGGGGUUAUGUUGAAGAGGCCUCACCUGAGGACAGACCCCCUCAGACUACGCACAUUGUUUUUGUGGUUCAUGGCAUUGGACAGAAGAUGGACCAGGGGCGCAUUAUUAAAAACACUGGAAUGCUGCGGGAGGGUGUGAGGAAGAUGGAGGAGAAACACUUCUCAGAGCACAAUGAAGAACAUGUGGAGUUCCUGCCUGUCGAGUGGCGCUCCAAACUCACACUGGACGGAGAUACGGUAGACUCAAUCACACCAGACAAAGUGAGAGGACUGAGAGACCUUCUCAACAGCAGUGCCAUGGAUAUCAUGUAUUACAACAGCCCUCUUUACCGGGAUGAAAUUACCAAGGGUCUAACAGAGGAGCUGAACAAGCUCUACUCACUUUUCUGUUCACGGAACCCUGAGUUCGAGAAAAGGGGUGGCAAAGUGUCCAUCGUGUCUCACUCUCUUGGCUGUGUCAUCACGUAUGACAUCAUUACUGGCUGGGAUCCCGUGCGGUUUUGUUUGCAGGAGCAUCGUGUGGUCGAGGAGGACCUGGACCUUCGCUGGAUGUCCUAUGAAGAGAGGCGCCUUUUAGAGCAGCAGAGGCAAACAAGGAACAGGUUACAAGAGCUGGAAAAUCAACUCGCCACACUCGAGGCCUCUAAACCUUCAGCCCCCCCAGCCCUCAAAUUUAAGGUAGAGAAUUUCUUCUGCAUGGGUUCUCCUCUGGCAGUGUUUUUGGCCCUAAGAGGAAUCCGCCCUGGCACCAGUGUCCACCAAGACCACAUCUUGCCCACCUCAAUCUGCAGCAGGCUCUUCAAUGUCUUCCAUCCCACAGACCCUGUGGCCUACAGAUUGGAGCCACUCAUCUUGAAACAUUAUAGCAACAUCGCACCUGUUCAGAUACACUGGUGUAGCGCCACUAACCCCACAUCUUAUGAUGAGAUCAGGCCCACUUUUCUCAACCCUGUUAAAGAUCCCACGUCGGACACAGAAAGCAUCCCCAGCCCCAGUACAUCACCUGUCCUACCCCGGAGGCACUAUGGGGAGUCUAUCACUAAUUUGGGCAAGGCUAGCAUAUUGGGAGCAGCAAGCAUAGGAAAGGGCAUUGGAGGCAUCCUCUUCUCACGUUUUUCCCGCUCCAACAGCCAGCCCUCAGUGUCUUUGGGACUUGAGGGUGGAGCAAGUGCUGAAGAAGAGGAGCAAAAGCGCACAGAAAGUCAGUCAGCAUACGGCCUCUCUAUGUUGACUCGACCCACCUCACCCACUACUGACACAUCCUUGGAGCUUGAGCGUCGCAUUGACUUUGAGCUCAGAGAGGGUCUGGUGGAGAGCCGCUACUGGUCAGCAGUGACCUCACACACAAGCUACUGGUGCUCACAUGACAUAGCUCUCUUCUUGUUGACCUUCAUAUAUAAACAGAAGGCGACACCCUCUAACCCAGCAGAUACUCCGGAUCCAGAGUGAGGCAGCAUGUUUUUAAAACGGAACACACAACACUGAAAGAGUGAAAGCAUUUCUUGUGACACAUAAAGUGACUUUGUUCAUUACUUUUUCUUGCUUACGAACUUAAAUACACUAAAAAAAUCUGUCUUUGUUUGGCUCCCGAUCAAGCACUUUUAAUACUUGGGAAUCAUUACUUACAGACUCAGAACUCUCUUCCAAACUUUUCAUCUCUGUUUUUUUUGUUUGUUUUUUACGUUGUGCACAAUUGCUUACCCUGAGGGUGGAUAUGGUGGACCAGGAACUCUUAUUUAGGAGCAAAAGCACUAAUGCAUAGGUGAUUGUUGCACCCAGCGGAAGAGACUUCUAACUUCAUCCCCAGUGUGAAUUUAGACAGCUGAACUACGUCUAUCAUGUCCAUCGAUUACAUGUUAAACAAUACCUAGGUCAAUUUGCUCAGCUACAGACUCGGUCUCAAACUUUGGGGCACAUUUGACUAAGCCUCACUCACUAAGGUGUCAAGUUAUGUCUGAUAUAUUUUGUUUGUUUGUUUUUCUCUGUCUCUCUCACAAAUGCGCGCACACACACACAAACAUAAAGAAAAGAACAUUUUUGGCAAAUUUCUCUUCUUCGAGUUGAAUAUUUAGCUACUGCAUGUUAAGAAACCCAUGGGCGCAAACAAAGGCAAUGUGUAAUAUAUAAUAUUUCUUUACUUUCCCACAUAAAAGAAAGAUAAUGCAUUAUAAUGAAAUCAUAUUAUUUUGGCAAAUUAUUAUAAUAAUUAUUAUUUUGGUACUUUGGAAGACAAACAAAAUGCUAUUCUUAGUUUUUUCCCUCUAUUUUUUAACUUUUCGAUUAUUUGAGUCUUGAAAUAGAGUGCACCAAAUAAAACCCAAGUAAAGCACUAGUUUUAUACUGCACAAAUAGAGUAUAACAUUUUCCUUUGUGUUUAAUCGUCACUGAUAAAUAGUGCAGUACCAAGGGGGCAAAUUGUAUUUACUUAUUUUCUUACAGUGUAGAGAUCUAAACCAUAGUCUAAAAUCUAAAUCUUACAUACUCACUCGAAACAAUAUCACUAUUUCAUCCUCAGUACAAGCUUCUAUUUUGAGGAUAACUUAUGGAGAUGAUUUUUGCCCGCAUGGCUUUGUAUUGAUGAAAUCAAUGAUACUAGAUCUAUUUUUUCUUAUAACAAAUACAGAAAUAUUUUUUCCUAGCAACUUUCGGACACUUUGGGGAUCUUAAACUGGAUGUUACCUCAGAAAAAAAUGGGAUUCAAGCUUGUGGCCAAAUAACAUUUAUGUGUCACCUUUAUUAGAUACCCUGCUCAAUUAAAGCUAAGGCAACUAUGAAAUCAGCAAAAUUGUGGUUGGCCAGGGGUUAAAAAAGUAGAUUAAAUUAUUUAAUUUUUAAGCGUUACCUUCAUUUUAAAAAUGAAUGUCUUGUUUGCCUUUUGUCCACAGUUCACACUUUGCUAGCUUGAUCAGCUUUUAUUUACUUAAAAAUUCAGUUGAAAAAGAAAAGAAUGAUGGCAAAUCAUCAUGUCUUAAAAAAAAAAAAAACCUUCAGUUUGCCAGAGCACAUAUAUAAAAAAUAAUAACAAUAAUAAUAUUGAUGGGGGUUAUUGUAGCUAUCGUUCCAAGUAGUGAUUCAGCACAAGUUAGAGUGCUUACUCACUUUGCAUGGUGUCAAAUUAAUAGUAAAUGGAUUGUUGGAACAAGAAUAGUGCAGAGUGCCAACACACAUCUAAGAAACUUUAUUCUGACUAAAAACAUGUGAUUGCUUAUGGCUUUUCUAAUGAAUAGAUUUUAUUUGCUGUAGAUUAUGAAAUGAAACUGUCCUCGUAAAUAUUUAUGUGACAGACAAGCCUUUCUGUCAAUGUCAACUUUACUUGUGUUCUGCUUAUUGUAAUGUAGUAAUCAGUUGUUUUUGAAUUUGUUAUGGUGCAAGCUGCAGCUUUACUGUGCCACACAAGGGCUGUCGCUGACUGUCGUUUCUUUAACGUCUGUGUUAUGUGUACAAAGGCCUACUGACUUAAACCAGGCUGCCUUGAGAAGAUCACCUGAUAGGUAACCAGGAAGUAGUGCAGAAGCUGGGUCUAAUAAGGGAGGGGGAUAGUUAAGUGUUACUGUAGUUGAUCUGGUGGCUCUUGCACAUUCAUGGGCUAUGAAUUGCACAGAAACUAUUUUAACACAGCCCGUUUUUGACUUUUUAUUUAUUCUUUACUUCCCGUCUGUUACGGUGCAUAAAACAAUCUCAACAUGUCAUUUGGAUAUGUAUUUCAAAAACACAGUGCUGUUCUUGAUUUGGAUUCAUUGAGUCAAACAUUGUGGGUUUCAACACAGCAAAUACGUAGUUGUAGAAAUAAUAUUGUUUCUAAAACUUGUGUGAAAAUUUGCACAUUUUCAUAUUUAGGCAUAUUUUCAAAUGUGUCACAGGCAAGAAACUGGAGCGCAUUAAAGAGAAUUUUGUUAACAUAUGCUGUAAGUUUCACUGUAUGAGAUUUUGAUGUACAGCAUUUUGAAUGACAACAAUACAUUUUUUAUUUUUUUUGGUCAAAGAUACCACAAGUAUCAGGGAAAUGUCUGCUUGUACAUGUUUUGUAGAUUCAACACUCUUGUCAAUACCAGAUUAAAGCCAUAAUUAAACAAACAGUUUAGCACAGGUGUCCACAGACUAGUAAAGACGUUACAAAUGGCUUUUGGGGAAAGAGAUGUACAUUAAAGCCAUUGUGGGUGUGUUGGAUGAAGUGGGAUGAUGGGGAUCUGGAGAAAUGUCCCAGGAGCUGUGCAAUAACUCAUGCCUGUAUUGGAUUCUAACUGCCAUCCAAAACACUGUAUAAAUGUCCUUUUUAUAAAGUAUUCCAAUUUGGAUGUAAUCAGUACUUCAUUAACUGUCUUUUUUUUCUUUCUUUUUUUACUUUUAAUAAUCAGAGGAAAAUAUUGAGAUUGGAAACUUUUUUGUGGAGGAGGAAGAUGCUUUCAUUUCUCAUUUCCAGACUGAGGACAAAAGAAGCGUUUGUUCAUCUGAAACUCAGACCAGAUUCUUUCCGAGGCGCCCCCUGAAGUGAACAACAAAGCCGACUUAUAGAUUGUGAAUAGCCUGCAUUGUAUUAAAGCUGUUGUGGCUUCCAUUGGGGGCGAGUUUAAUGCAGUUUAGCAACAUCUGCAAAGGCGAGGCUCACAGAUGGGACCAGUUAGAUCAGCGGUGACUCACAAAAGGCCCUGUUGUUCUGAGUUUGACCACAAGAGGUCAGUCAUUGGUCAUCUAAUGAUAAUACUCAAAAAAACAGGACCACAGUGACCAGCUGUCCAGUGCCCUUCCUCUUAAGUCAUUUCCAUGUAUUGCUCUUACAUAGUUGAGCUAUUUUUGACAGUAUUAAUGUGCUUAAAUAUAUUCAUGACUGCUCUGUUGUGUUCACUUAUAUGCCCUUAAGGAAAAAUGGAAUGUACUACAGCCAUCUACAACCACAAAUGCCAAAAAAAACCUCAAUAAAUAUGAAUCCCUGAGCACCCCGCUA